AUGUCUCUCCGCCUCUCUCGCUCCCCCCGCCUAACCGCAAAUCUCAAACAGGCACAGGAUAUGGAUACAACACUGGUGAAUCCGAAUUUUCAGUUUGCCAUGGAACAAUGUUAUUACACGAGGACUGAUUCAACCAAUAAGCUGUUAUUGUCCACUGUUAUCAAAAGCACUCUGCUAAGAGCCGACAAUGCUCCUGGUGAGGAGGAAAAACACUUUGAAUUGGGUGCCGUAGCCACUGAUCGCAGUCUCCUGGUUGGUGUGUACAACGCCGCCAUGUCAGUGAAACCUGGCGCGCAACAGUUGUUAAUUGAUAUGCGCGACUACUUGUUUGACAGAGGAAUGUGA